UCGGCGGCCGCACUACCCGCGCCGCCUUGGUAAGGUCACCGACCCCCGGGAGGAGGCUCCAGGCCGCAUCGGUCGCGCCGAGCCUGGCUGUGCGUCGCCAUGGCCCCAGUGCAGCAGGAGAACCACCAGGUAAUCCCUCCGGGCGGGGGCAGCGGCUCGGCGUCCGCCCCGGCUCCUCCGCCGCCGGGAGCCGCGCUGGCGGCGGCAGCUGCGGCCGCGGCUAGCCCUGGUUACCGGCUUAGCACGCUGAUUGAAUUUCUGCUGCACCGGGCCUACUCGGAGCUCUUGGUCUUGACGGACUUAUUACCAAGGAAAUCUGAUGUGGAAAGGAAAAUAGAAAUUGUACAGUUUGCUAGCCGGACCCGGCAACUCUUCGUUCGAUUAUUAGCUUUAGUCAAAUGGGCUAAUGAUGCUGGCAAAGUAGAAAAGUGUGCGAUGAUCUCAAGCUUUUUGGAUCAGCAAGCUCUCUUGUUUGUGGACACCGCUGACCGCUUGGCCUCCUUAGCUAGAGAUGCACUGAUCCAUGCGCGCCUGCCUAGUUUUGCUAUCCCGUAUGCCAUUGAUGUGCUGACUACUGGCUCUUAUCCACGACUUCCAACCUGCAUCAGGGAUAAAAUUAUUCCUCCAGACCCCAUUACCAAAACUGAGAAACAAGCCACGCUUCAUCAGCUUAAUCAGAUUCUCAGACAUCGGCUUGUCACAACAGAGCUUCCUCCGCAGCUCGCGAAUCUUACAGUGGCAAAUGGCCGCGUGAAGUUUCGAGUUGAUGGAGAAUUCGAGGCAACCUUGACAGUCAUGGGGGAUGAUCCGGAAGUCCCGUGGCGCCUGCUCAAGCUAGAAAUCCUAGUUGAGGAUAAGGAAACGGGAGAUGGCCGAGCUUUGGUUCAUAGCAUGCAAAUCGACUUUCUGCAUCAGUUGGUGCAGUCCCGGCUUUUUGCUGAUGAGAAGCCUCUUCAGGAUAUGUACAACUGCCUGCAUUGCUUCUGCUUGUCUCUUCAGUUGGAAGUGUUACACUCCCAGACUCUGAUGUUGAUCCGAGAGAGGUGGGGUGACCUUGUGCAAGUGGACAGGUAUCAUGCUGGAAAGUGCCUCUCUCUCUCAGUUUGGAACCAACAGGUUCUAGGGAGAAAAACAGGCACAGCGUCUGUUCACAAGGUGACAAUUAAAAUGGAUGAGAAUGAUGUCUCCAAGCCUUUACAGAUUUUUCACGAUCCUCCUUUGCCAGCUUCGGAUUCUAAAUUAGUCGAAAGAGCUAUGAAGAUUGACCACCUGUCAAUAGAAAAGCUCCUGAUUGACAGUGUCCAUGCGAGAGCCCACCAGAAGCUGCAGGAACUGAAGGCCGUUCUUAGAAGCUUCAAUGCUAACGAAAACUCUUCCAUAGAGACUGCACUUCCGGCUCUUAUUGUUCCCAUCUUGGAGCCCUGUGGUAAUUCGGAGUGCCUGCACGUUUUUGUCGAUUUGCAUUCUGGAAUGUUCCAGUUGAUGCUUUAUGGACUUGACCAGGCCACUCUGGAGGAAAUGGAAAAAUCUGUGAAUGAUGAUAUGAAGCGGAUCAUCCCUUGGAUCCAGCAGCUUAAGUUUUGGCUUGGACAGCGGCGUUGCAAGCAGUCCAUAAAACAUCUGCCUACGGUAACCACAGAAACGCUACAGCUUUCCAACUGCUCGACGCAUCCCGUUGGAAACCUCUCCAAGAACAAGCUGUUCAUUAAGCUUACCCGCCUUCCACAGUACUACAUAGUUGUGGAAAUGCUUGAGGCUCCCGAUAAGCCCACCCAGCUAGAAUACAAGUAUUACAUCAUGUCUGUGAGCACUCCAGAUGGUGACGACAGCCCCGUCACGGCACUGCUCCUGCAGCAAUUCAAGGACAACAUCCAGGACUUGGUCUCCUCCACGAAGACUGGGAAACAGACCAGAACUGGUACCAAGCACAAGAGGUCUGAUGACCCGUGUCCAGUCGAAAGCAAGAAAGCCAAACUGUCAGGAGACACGUGUGCCUUCGAUAAAGUUCUAGCUCAUUUUGUCGCUAUGUGUGACACCAACAUGCCGUUUAUAGGGCUUCGAAUGGAGCUGUCCAACCUGGAGAUACCGCAUCAGGGAGUACAAGUGGAAGGUGAUGGCUUCAGCCAUGCAAUUCGCUUAUUAAAAAUUCCUCCCUGCAAGGGAGUAAACGAGGACACCCAAAAGGCCCUGGACCGCUCUCUUCUUGAUUGCACUUUCCGAUUACAAGGUAGAAACAACCGCACAUGGGUGGCAGAGUUAGUGUUCGCAAACUGUCCACUUAAUGGCACUUCCACCAGGGAGCAAGGACCAUCCCGACGUGUUUACCUCACGUAUGAAAAUCUGUUGUCUGAACCUGUUGGUGGUAGAAAAGUAGUUGAAAUGUUUCUUAAUGACUGGAACAGCAUUGCCCGAUUAUAUGAGUGUGUGUUGGAGUUUGCCCGUUCUCUACCAGACAUACCUGCUCAUCUGAAUAUUUUCUCCGAGGUUCGUGUUUAUAAUUACCGAAAACUCGUCUUGUGUUAUGGAACCACCAAAGGAAGCUCAAUUAGUAUCCAGUGGAAUUCCAUUCACCAGAAAUUUCACAUUUCUUUGGGAACAGUUGGUCCAAACUCUGGGUGCAGUAACUGUCACAAUACCAUUCUCCACCAGCUUCAGGAAAUGUUCAACAGAACACCAAACGUGGUUCAGCUGUUACAGGUGCUGUUUGAUACCCAGGCGCCGCUGAAUGCCAUCAACAAACUCCCUACUGUGCCGAUGUUGGGCUUGACUCAGAGAACUAACACUGCCUACCAGUGUUUCUCCAUUCUCCCGCAGUCAUCCACCCACAUCAGACUGGCCUUCAGGAACAUGUACUGCAUUGAUAUAUACUGCUGUAGUCGAGGGGUCGUGGCAAUACGGGAUGGUGCCUAUAGUCUUUUUGAUAACAGCAAGUUAGUUGAAGGCUUCUAUCCUGCGCCCGGAUUGAAGACAUUCCUCAACAUGUUUGUUGACAGCAAUCAGGAUGCUCGGAGAAGAUCUGUAAACGAGGAUGAUAACCCCCCUUCUCCUAUAGGAGGGGAUAUAAUGGACUCUUUACUAUCACAGCUCCAGACAUCUCAGCAACAGCCGUUUCCAAAGCAGCCGGGAAGUUCAGGCGCUUACCCUCUUACUUCCCCUCCUGCGUCCUACCACAGCACAGUCAACCAGUCUCCGUCUAUGAUCCACACCCAGUCUCCAGGAGCCCUUGACCCUAGUUCUCCGUACACUAUGGUGUCACCGAGUGGACGAGCAGGAAACUGGCCUGGAUCUCCUCAAGUGUCCGGACCCUCUCCAGCAACCCGUUUGCCUGGAAUGUCACCAGCCAACCCGUCUCUACACUCUCCUCUUCCGGAUGCUUCUCAUUCUCCUCGAGCUGGCACAAGUUCCCAGCCAAUGCCAACCAACAUGCCUCCACCUCGCAAACUACCUCAGCGCUCCUGGGCAGCAUCCAUACCCACCAUCCUCACUCACAGUGCCUUGAACAUCUUACUGUUACCCUCUCCAACGCCGGGCCUUGUGCCUGGCCUGGCAGGCAGUUACCUCUGUUCGCCACUUGAGAGAUUCCUCGGCUCUGUCAUCAUGAGACGACACCUUCAACGAAUUAUUCAGCAGGAAACGUUGCAGCUGAUCAACUCCAACGAACCCGGUGUAAUCAUGUUCAAGACAGAUGCCCUGAAAUGCAGAGUAGCCCUUAGUCCCAAAACCAACCAGACCCUUCAGCUGAAAGUAACACCUGAAAAUGCCGGACAGUGGAAACCUGAUGAGCUUCAAGUGUUGGAGAAAUUCUUCGAAACAAGAGUUGCAGGACCACCGUUUAAAGCCAACACACUCAUAGCCUUCACCAAGCUGUUGGGAGCACCAACACACAUCCUCCGUGACUGUGUGCAUGUUAUGAAGUUGGAGCUGUUCCCAGAGCAAGCGACCCAGCUACAAUGGAAUGUUCAGUUCUGCCUCACCAUUCCUCCCAGCGCACCGCCGAUUGCACCUCCUGGGACACCAGCCGUGGUGUUGAAAUCCAAAAUGCUCUUUUUUCUUCAGCUGACUCAGAAGACAUCAGUCCCUCCCCAAGAGCCUGUCAGUAUAAUAGUUCCCAUCAUUUAUGACAUGGCUUCAGGUACCACCCAGCAGGCAGACAUUCCCAGACAGCAGAACUCUUCUGCCACUGCGCCCAUGAUGGUCAGCAACAUUCUGAAGAGGUUUGCAGAGAUGAACCCACUGCGACAAGGUGAAUGUACAAUAUUUGCAGCUGUUCGGGAUUUAAUGGCUAAUCUUACACUUCCCCCUGGUGGGCGUCCGUAGACACUAUUGUUUUUAAUCCAGGAAGCUGACACACACACACACACACACACACACACACACACACACACACAAACACAGAGGCUGAAUUCGGCCAUCAGUUUUUAAAAGGAAAAGGACUUUCUUUCUUUCUUUUUCUUUUUUUUUAGAUCGUAAGAGCUAAAUAUUUUAAACUGGCAACAUUUUUCAGGGUGUACUACUUUUCAUCCAAAAGACCAUCAAUCUUUUGAAUAGUGAACUUGUAUAGUAUGUUUAAAUGUGACAUAUUUCAAACUAGGUAACAGAUCAGUGUCUGCUUGCCAGUAAUAAGUUUAAUAUUUCAUUUUAUACUAUAAAGUAAUGAAAAUGCCAAACUUGUUUGUUUAAUUUUUCUUUUAUGUUUUGGGUAUAAUGGUCUUUUUUGAUUUUUUUUUAAGGCAGGUCUGUCAUUUUUGAAUACUGUAAAACUGUGACAAACUUUCUAUUGAAGCUGUAUUUUAAUAUGACCGCUUUGAAUCCUUACACAGAAGGAUUUUGGGAGCUGUUAAACAUAUCCCAAAGAAGCAAUAUUUAAUAAAACUAGGAUGUAAAAGUGACACUCACUCGUGUGUGUAAGCUCUUUAGAGUUCUUAGGGCCUCCCUUCAUCUUUAACCUGGUGGGGCCAGUCAGUUUUUUAAUUACGUAUGUCUGAAAUUUGGCCAAAAACAUUUUUUUGUUUUAAGGUUAAUGUAGUUUCUUCAGACAUUCCUAAAAUUUAGCACCUUGGUUGUCAGUAUAGGAUUUGGGUAAAAUGAAAGAACUUUGUCUUUGUAAAGAGACAGCAAGUGAUUUAUAAUGAUCAAGGAUCCCAAAUAAUACAAUUAUUCUCAUGUGCGAAGAAAUGGGAACCUUUUUGCUAGGAAAAUGUCAUGUAAAGGAUACUUCUGCAUACAGCAUUAACUAGGAAGCAAAGAACUUGAAUGCUCUAGUUUGCAUGAAGUGUCGGUGACAUUUCUUUAUCUUAUUUAACUUCUUACCUUCCCCAGCACAAAUGGGGUUGUUCUAAACAAUCUCAGUUUAAUUCAUUGUCAGCAAAGCAAUAGGAUAUUUUUCUGGACACAGCCUGGUCCUGUCAUUUGAAAAGUCCACAGUGCAGAGCCUGUCUAGAGUACAGUAGAGUUCUGGCACUGGUACCGCUCAAUAGGAUUUCUAUCUAGAGUACUAUACUGUCUCUCGCAGCCAGCCAGGGACUUUUUAAGCUUUGAUGAAUAUGAUCUGAUUCAAAUGUUUUUUAAUGAAUUGAUGUUAUUUGGAGCAGGUUUUUUUGUUUUUAUUUUUGUUUUUUUUUAAUGAUACUAUCAUGCUGAGUUAUAUCUAGCCAAUGUAAUAUGGUCCUUGAUGAAAUUUUAGAUGUUUGUCUGAUUCCAUUUUAAGCUGAUUAAUUGAGAUUCUAUAACUGUAACCACCAGAUUCUGGUUUUAAGCAUCUCACUGCAACUGUAUCAUAUUUGCUCAACUUUGCUUGAAUCUCCAUUUUCAGUCAGAGCUGAGGCCUUUUUUGUCCUCUGUGUGUCAUUUCUGCCUUCACCUCCUGCUUUUUACCCAGCUCUGACACUUCUCCAGAGAGGGUGCCUAAACUCUUCUUCCUUUAACCUAACCCCUUUCUCCUUCUGUUUUCAAUUCUCUUCACAGUGGUAAUCACAUGGGUUUGGCAAGCUAAGAUGUCUUGAUCAGGAGUCAGCCCUUUUCUUUUGGGAGCUAAAUCCUAUCUUUCAUAUAGAAAUCUACAUGUAUAUACAAGAAAUGUAUUUUUAUCGGCAGGAUGAUAUUUUUUCAGAUAAUUUUAUGAAUAGAAUUAACUUUUCAGGUAUUUUCUCUUUUAAGUGUGGUUUUGAAAUGUUAAUUGCAUUUUUAUACAUGAUGCAUUCAAUGGCUACUUUUUCCUAAUUCGAACACCUUUGAAUGCAUUGUGUAAAACGAGUAAGAUAGAAUUCAAUGAACAGAAUUUGAUUUUGAUGCUUAUUAAGAGUAAACCAAUGAAUUUGAAUUUUGAUAUCAUGCUUGGUACUUGGAAUUGGUAUAUUACUUUAUUAAAGCUUGGAAAUACUUA